AUGCUAGCCGUGACGUGGUUAUUGUACAUGCGGCCACGCCACAUCAUGUUUACACCUCCACCUCUUGCUAGGCGCCGGGGUUUUUUUCGAUGUCGGGUGUGCCAGAAUUCUUGGGGUUCUUCGAAUGUGUGGGUAACAAAAACGACGCAGCGGGUCUACCAAGGCGAGUCUUGCGAGAAAUGUGGCACAACCACAAAGCCGUACUACGUUGGUCGAUCAGCAGAAACAGUUUUCAAUCGCGUAAAAACACCGCAUCCGGUGAAGGCCGAGGCAUCCAGCAGCCGACAUGGGAAAAAGUUAAGGCAUUUGCGGUAUGACUGGCGGGUGCAGCGAGGUCGAAGAUGA